AUGCCAGGUCUAACGGACUCCUGGGCUGCACUUGACGGCCAUGAACGAAAGCCGAUGGUCAAGGCUUUGCAAGGCAGCUCAAUCAAAUUGGGCUUCUUCGAGCCCAACUUCAAAUCCACCAGCAGUAACCACCGACUGUUUAGUCGAGCAGAGCAAAGAGCUGCACAGGGUUCCAUGGAUCAGUCGGUAAAGGCAGAUUUGAGGGCUGUGCAUUACAGUUUGGGUGAAGAUGGGCCCGGAAGAGUGAAUUAUGAGUGGUAUGAGACAGAGCUGGAGCGAUGUGCCAAGAGUCACUGGGAUCCUUCCAGGAAGAAAGCACUCAUAGGUGUAGAUCCUUUCAACACUCGUGCAGCGCGGCUCGAGAUGUCUCGUCGUAGUUUCAAGGCAGAUCGUGAAGCGCCGCGGCCAAGUAGCUCUUGGUUUUAG